AUGCCUCCAGUCGAAAAUUUGCUGUUGCUGUUCGGCAUUUUUGCAGCGGCUGCAUUUCAUUGGUCCUCAGAACUUCUUCAGAGCCUCCACGCGACACGUGCGGAAGCAAAGGCUGCCUUUUUCGAAUAUCUCAGGGUAGGCGUGUCUAUUAUUGACAACACCGUGCGACCAAUCAUUCCAUCCACCAACGCCCUGGCAGCCAUGUGCAACCUACACAAUGUGAUUACGCAUGCUCGAGGACUAUCAGACAACGAUGUGGCGUUGCGCAUGAAGUGUUACAGCAUGGCUCGCACCUUGCAAAUCGAUCGUCUUGAUACGGCAAAGAGUCGAGAAGAACGCAGACAAAAGGGGUGCAACAUGAUUGAGGUGGAAGUCCAGAGAAGGAUUUGGUGGAGUUUAGUGGGCAGCGAUUGGCUGAACUCGUUUUCAGGCGGGCCAAACGACGGCGCCUACUUUCUCCAACCCAAACACAUGAACGUCCGGCUUCCGGCAAACGUGGACGACAAGGAUGUUACGGCGGACAUGGUGGAGAAGGAUAUUCCCCUUACCAAACCUUCGGGUAUGAGCGGAUUUAUUCACCGUGUCAAGAUAUCUCAAAUUUGCCGAGAAGUUGUGGACGCUCUACCGUCACAAUUUCAUGACGCUGAUGAAAGAAGCUACAACACGAUUUUACAAAUGGACAACAAGUUUCGUACCUUUCUAGAGGAGCUCCCAGUUUACUUUCGGUUGGACCCCGAAAGUAUAGAACGGUCCAAGGAUAUUUGCAGAGAGCGCCCAAUCAUUGCACUGCAGCGAGUUGGCGUCAACUUCAGCAUACGCAUACGACUAUGCCGUCUUCAUAGACCGUACCAUCUGGAAGGCCUCACAAACUCGACAUAUGCAUUUUCCCACAAAGCUUGCAUCCAGGAAGCGCAAAAAGUGCUUGAUCUGCGUCGUGCGAUGGACGAAUGUGGCUCCCCGCUGGGGAUGAAUCCGGCUCGUUCCUGGGUUGUAAUGCAGCACGUUUCCAUCGCUGCGCUCAUUCUCGCCACAGAUGUGUCUUUCAACCCGCUAGCACGAGAUGCAGAGCAGAGGAAAGCCAAAGUACUUGCUACGUGCGAGCUGCUGGAGAAGUCAAUGGAAGAUUCCGAAUCCAUCAUGGAGGGUGUCCAGCGCAAUGUGCAAGUUCUCGUAUCGACGCUGCAGAAACAACGGUCUCAGAGCACAAGUCGACAUGAACCUUCUGCAUCUUUGUACACGGCGUCCGGUAUGGAGCAAUUGAGGGACGCGGCCAUGGCGGAUGCUGAUGAUGAUACGCUGGCGAAUUUUGUAGGCAGCACGGAUAGGAACAAUGGCUUUCUGGAUGAUUUGAACGAGGAUCAGACGGAUUGGGAUCAGCUCUGGAAGGACUUUAUUGCAAUAGCGCCGGAAUUGGACGUGGCGCAUUGGGACCUUUUGUUUGAAGAUGUGCAGCCGACAUAG